UCAGGGCCGCCAACCGCCCCAACUUCACGCCAGAGUUGUUUCAAUUUCCUGGACUUAAUUCCGCCGAAUUACAAAGUGUCGCCAUUAUCUACGAAAAUUGUGAUCUUUUGAGUGCUUUCCGCCUCAAAUCACGCACUUUCGUCGCAAAAUUGUGCAAUGUUAUUGUUGCCUUGACCCGUGCCUAACUUCACAGUUGUGUCAUAAAUUCGUCGUUAGUUGUCCGAGUGUCAUUCCUCAAAAUCAAAAAUCUCACCAUGUCAGACUGGGACACAGUGACCGUUUUAAAAAAGCGGGCCCCCAAAGCCUCCACAAUGAAAAGCGAGCAGGCCGUGAAUGCGGCACGCCGCCAAGGCGUCCCCGUCGAUACCCAGCUCAAGUGGGGCGCCGGGGGCAACAAGCAGCACGUGGCCACCAAAAACACAGCGAAACUCGACCGUGAGACUGAAGAACUCAAACACGAGACCAUCUCGUUGGACGUGGGCAGGAUUAUCCAGCAGGGCCGACAAGCCAAGGGGCUCAGUCAGAAGGACCUGGCCACCAAAAUCAACGAGAAGCCGCAAGUCAUCACGGACUACGAGGCCGGACGGGGGAUCCCCAACAAUGUCAUCAUCGGCAAGAUCGAAAAAGUGAUUGGCUUGAAAUUGAGAGGUCUACCGAAAAAUCAAUAGGUCUGGCAACACUAGUUAGGUGGUAAUAACCAUGGCAACCAAUUGUUGACUAACAGAUGGCGCCACGUUAAGCCGUGUCCCUCAUUGAUCAAGGAAGCCGUGGUUCAAUCAUCACGUCAAAGUAAUAAUUCGAAUGUUUAGAUAUUUGAGUGUGACCUAUUUGUUAUAAUUUUUUUAGAUUAUUGUAUGUGGUAGAAUUAGAAUUCCUUUACCGAAAUAUUUGUUAAAUAAAACAAUCAAUACCAAA